AUGGAGAUAGAGGUUGAUACAACAGAUUGUAUUGUGGGAGAUCAGGUUGAUACAACAGCUUGUAUUACUGGAGAUCAGGUUGAUACAACAGGUUGUAUUACGGGAGAUCAGGUUGAUACAACACCUUGUAUUACGGGAGAUCAGGUUGAUACAACACCUUGUAUUACGGGAGAUCAGGUUGAUACAACACCUUGUAUUACGGGAGAUCAGGUUGAUACAAGAGGUUGUAUUACGGGAGAUCAGGUUGAUACAACAGGUUGUAUUACGGGAGAUCAGGUUGAUACAACACCUUGUAUUACGGGAGAUCAAGUUGAUACAACACCUUGUAUUACGGGAGAUCAGGUUGAUACAACACCUUGUAUUACGGGAGAUCAGGUUGAUACAACACCUUGUAUUACGGGAGAUCAGGUUGAUACAACACCUUGUAUUACGGGAGAUCAGGUUGAUACAACACCUUGUAUUACGGGAGAUCAGGUUGAUACAACACCUUGUAUUACGGGAGAUCAGGGUGAUACAACACCUUGUAUUACGGGAGAUCAGGUUGAUACAAGAGGUUGUAUUACGGGAGAUCAGGUUGAUACAACACCUUGUAUUACGGGAGAUCAGGUUGAUACAACACCUUGUAUUACGGGAGAUCAGGUUUAUACAACACCUUGUAUUACGGGAGAUCAGGUUUAUACAACACCUUGUAUUACGGGAGAUCAGGUUGAUACAACACCUUGUAUUACGGGAGAUCAGGUUGAUACAACACCUUGUAUUACGGGAGAUCAGGUUGAUACAACACCUUGUAUUACGGGAGAUCAGGUUGAUACAACACCUUGUAUUACGGGAGAUCAGGUUGAUACAACACCUUGUAUUACGGGAGAUCAGGUUGAUACAACACCUUGUAUUACGGGAGAUCAGGUUGAUACAACACCUUGUAUUACGGGAGAUCAGGUUAACUGA